AUGGAUUCCGAUAAAAAGAAGCCUCUUCCUGAGAAAUUCCCAAGCUUUAACGACAACCAACCUGACCAUCACGAUCUUGACAUAGACAAAGACCGUAACACCACUGAUCCCCCAUUGUCUGAAACAUCCGCGGAGGUUGAAGAAGCCCAACCAGACAAUGCCGAGACAAAUAACAAAGAGGAAGAAGACCAAAUCAAUACAGAGAUUGAAGACUCUUCUUUUCCUGAGACUCCCGAUUUCUCUCAAGUCUCUGCAGAGAUCGAUCAAUUUAUCUCUAUUUUGUCGAACUUAAAAAGCGAUGAAUUCGAACUCCCAGAGAUUCCAGAAUUCGUGGAACAAUUUGCUCUUCUUGUCGAAGCAAAGAUUGCGAACUAUGAUUCAACUGAUCCACCAUUGAAAUGGAGUCAAGUCACAGAGGAGGAGUCGACAACAUUUCUUGAAGCUGUGAAUCGAAUUUUCAAGUUAUCAACAUCACUUUGCGCUUUCUCGUCAGAAUCAAAGUACGAUUCAUCGAUCAACCGCGUUGGUGGAAUUCUACAGCGCGCAAUGUCAUACUUGGAGGAGGAGUUUAGAUCGCUUCUUGAAGAUUAUAAACUUCCUAAUUCAGAUCAUAAUAAUGACUCAAAAAUGAAACAAUCUUCAUCGUCUCUCUCUAAUCAAGAUUCAGAUCAAUGUGCUUUGCCCGAGAAAUCUGAUUCCACAACGGAGAACAAUUUUCCGGGAUACUCGGAGGAGGUUGUGUCAAAUUUGAAUAAACUAGUGAUAACGAUGAUGGUGGGAGGCUAUGAGACGGAGUGUCGUCAGGUUUACUUCAUUUCUCGAAGGAACGCAUUGGAAGAGAGUUUGCAUGAGCUUGGGUUUGAGAAGCACAGCAUCGACGAUGUGCAAAAGAUGAAUUGGGAAUCACUGGAGAGAGAAAUUGUUUCGUGGAUCAAAACGUUCAAGCAAUGUUCUUCUAUGCAAUUCACCGGCGAACGUAAGCUCGCAGAGGCGGUGUUUUCCGGCUACGAGUCGGUGUCGGAGACACUCUUCAGCAACCUCUCUCGAGGUGUGAUGAUUCAGCUUCUCAAUUUCGCUGAAGCUGUUGCGAUGACGAAGCGUGCGGCAGAGAAAUUGUUCAAGUUUUUGGACAUUUAUGAGGCAUUGCGUGACAUCAUUCCGGUCAUGGACGAAUUGUUUCCGGCGGAUUGCUCAGAGAAACUCAAAGCCGAAGCCUCAUUGACUCGUUCUCGACUCGGUGAAGCAAUGGUUUGCAUUUUCUGUGAACUUGAGAACUCGAUAAAGUCCGAUACCGGGAAGACUCCGGUGCCGGGAGGCGCUGUUCACCCCUUGACUCGCUACAUCAUGAAUUACCUAAAAUACGCAUGUGAGUACAAGGACACCUUAGAACAAGUCUUCAGAGAGCACCAGAAAAUCGAACGAGCUGACUCGGCCAGCCGUUCAAACUACGAUUACAACUCACAAUCACAGAACAUCAACAAUCCGUCGGAAAAGCAAUCGCCGCUCGAGAGCCAGAUAACGAAAGUGAUGGAUUUACUGGACACAAAUUUGGAUUCCAAAUCGAAGCUAUACAAAGACACGUCACUGAGCUUGAUUUUCAUGAUGAACAAUGGUCGUUACAUUUUACAGAAGAUCAAAGGAUCUACAGAGAUCAAUAGCUUGUUGGGUGACCCAUGGUGUCGGAAGAGAUCGUCAGAGCUGAGGCAAUACCAUAAGAGUUACCAGAGAGAAACAUGGGGUAAACUGUUGUCGUGUUUGACCCAUGAGGGUUUGAAUGUUCAUGGGAAGGUGGUGAAACCAGUCCUGAAAGAGAGGUUUAAGAGCUUCAACGCCAUGUUUGAUGAGAUACACAAAUCGCAGAGCACUUGGGUGGUGAGUGACGAGCAGCUUCAAUCGGAACUUAGGGUUUCGAUAUCGGCGGUGGUGAUUCCGGCUUACCGAUCAUUCAUGGCGAGGUUCAGUCAGUAUUUAACUCCAGGGAGGCAAUCGGAAAAGUACAUAAAGUACCAGCCUGAAGAUAUAGAGACUUAUGUUGAUGAACUGUUUGACGGGAAUGCUACUCCCACGGGAAAAAAGAAGCCAUGA